CGACUCAUCGGAAACGGCGAGCACACAACAGUUCCUUAUCUCAACGCAAACACAACAACUGUGAAUUAGUUCUCAAAGUAUUUCAAUAAUUAACAACGAGAUGAAUCUGAAAGUGAUUUUUGUCUUCGCCCUUGUGGUCAUCGCAGCUUUGAUGGGACAGGCGGAAGCAGGAAGCAAGAGGUGGAGGAAAUUUGAGAAGAAAUUCAAGCACGCGGCGCAUAAGGUCAAAGAGGCUUUACCUGUUAUACAAGGAUACGCGGCAGUCGCUGGCACAGUCGCAGCUCUCGGCAGGAAAUAAUGAUUUCGCUUUAAUUUUACUUUAAUUUAUUCUAACAUACUUUUGUACUCUAAUGUUUAGUUUAUAAGGAAAGAAAUAUAGUCUAGUUGUUUGUAA